CAGUGAAUCCCCACAGAUCUCCCCAUGCCAGCCGCGUCCCAUGGCGGGGGGGGGGGCGCAGGACGGAGCCUCCCGGCGGGGCAUCCCGGUGCCUCUGCCGGUUCCUCUCCCGGUCCCACUCCCGGUGCGGUUCCCGGUGCCUCUCCCGGUGCCGGUGCCGGGCCGGUAGGCGGCAGUGCUCCUCUCUCCUCUCUCUCCUCUUUCGCUCUCCCCCCCGCCCGCGCCCGCCAAGCACCGGCGAGGCGGAUGCAAUUCCCCGGCUGCCCCUGGCUCCUCGGUGGGGCGGCGGGGCCCGGCCCGCAGCGCUCAACCACCGACAGCGGCCCCGGUACCGGCCCCGGGAGCUGCCCCGGGAACGGCUCCGGGAACGGCUCCGGGAACGGCCCCGGGCCCGGCGGUUGCCAGCUCUCCCCGCCGAGGCCCGGCCCUAACCAACGGGGCCCGGCCCAGCUCCUCGGGGCCAUGGCCGAGUGGGCGCCCGCCCAGGUGCAGGAGUGGAACGUGGAGCCCCCCCACCUGAUGCCGCUGCAGCCCCCGCUGCUGCCCGAGCGGGCGCACGUGCGGGAGGCGCAGCUGCACUCGGCCGAGGCCUCGCUCUGGACCGUGGUGGCCACGGUGCAGGCGAUGGAGAGGAAAAUCGACCUGCUGGCCACCCGCCUGCUCAGCCUGGAGGGUCGCUCCGGCACGGCCGAGAAAAAACUCCUGGACUGCGAGAAAACCGCCAUGGAAUUCGGCAACCAGCUGGAGAGCAAGUGGGCAGUGCUGGGCACCCUCAUCCAGGAGUACGGGCUGCUGCAGCGGCGCUUGGAGAACGUGGAGAACCUGCUGAAGAACAGGAACUUCUGGGUGCUGCGCCUGCCCCCCGGCCCCCGCGGAGAGGUGCCCAAGGUGCCGGUGACGUUUGUUGACAUUGCCGUCUACUUCUCGGCGGAGGAGUGGAAGAAUUUGGAGGAGUGGCAGAAGGAGCUGUACAAUAACCUGGUGAAGGAGAACUACGAGUCUUUGAUCUCCCUGGACGCAGCCCUGGCCAGGAGCGACCCCCAGCCCCGGCUGGAGCGCGGGGAGGUGCCCUGCGUCCCCGAGCAGAGGGACCUGGAGCCCCGGGAGCUGCCGGCGGACGCCUGCGCGGAGCCGCUGAUCUCCACCUCCGACAUCCUGUCCCGGAUCAAGCAGGAGGUGGCGUUCGUGGGGGAGCAGCAAUUCGGGGAGGACCGGGGGAUGCCCGCGGACCCCUGUGCAGGUGCGGACGCCCUGAUCACGGCGCACGAUUUCUUGUCGUGGAUCAAGCAGGAGGAAGAGCCGUGCGUCAGGGAGCCCUGGGAGCUGCCGGAGAGGGAAAUCCUCACCGGUCCCGGCCCCGCCAGCGAGGGGCUGCUGGUGAAGACGGAGGAGCGGUGUCCCCGCGCCGAGCCCCCAGAGGAGGUGCUGCCGGGUGCCUCGACGGAGCUGCUCUUCCCAGGCUCUGGUUUCGGGAGCCCCGAGGGACAAGCAGCGGUGGCCGGGGGGGCCCUGCCCGCACAGCACAGACUGGGCAAAACCCUGGGUGCGGAACCGGGGCCGGGAGCUGAUCCCGGGGGGGUCCCGGCACCGUCGGCGGCGGCACCGUCGGAGGAACGUCCUCACGGCUGCGCCGAGUGCGGGAAGAGCUUCAGCGGCAAGAAGAGCCUGCGGAUCCACCAGCGGAGCCACGCGGCCGAGCGCCCCUACCCCUGCGCCGAGUGCGGCAAGAGCUUCAACUGCCACUCGGGGCUGGUGCGGCACCAGAUGAUCCACCGCGGCGAGCGGCCCUACAAGUGCGCCGAGUGCGGCAAGUGCUACAGCCGCAAAGAGCACCUGCAGAACCACCAGCGGCUGCACACGGGCGAGCGGCCCUUCGUCUGCGCCGCCUGCGGCAAGAGCUUCAUCCGCAAGCAGAACCUGCUCAAGCACCAGCGCAUCCACACGGGCGAGCGGCCCUACCAGUGCCCGGCUUGCGGCCGCAGUUUCCGCUACAAGGAGUCCCUCAAGGACCACCAGCGCGUGCACGGGGCCGAAGCCGGACCCCCGCCGCUGCCCCCCCCCGGCUUGCCCCCCGGGGAUGUAACGGAGCUCGUCGCGGAUGUCCGUGAGGACGCCCAGCAGGCGGAACUGGAGCUCGCGGUCGCGGGCCCUCUCCUCGCGCUGCGUGGCCCGUUCCUCCUGCCACAUGGCCAGCUCCUGGUGGUACAGCUGGUCCCACUGCUCCUCCAGGUCCAGCAGGUGGUGGAUGACCUGGAGUGGGCCAUGGAGCCCCAGGAGCUGGCCUUGGAGCAGCCCCUGGCAGCCCCCGAGGAGGGGCCCGGUGGCGAGGCCGAGCUGCCGGCCACCGCCGAGCUGUCCCUGACGCUGGUGACCGAGGUGCAGGCGGUGGACAGGAAGGUGGACGCGCAGGCGGCCCAGCUGAUGAACCUGGAGGGCCGGAUGAGGAUGGCCGAGACCAAGCUGAUCGGCUGCGAGAAGACGGCGGUGGAGUUCGGCAACCAGCUGGAGAGCAAGUGGACGGCGCUGGGCACCCUCAUCCAGGAGUACGGGCAGCUGCAGAAGCGCCUGGAGAACAUGGAGAACCUGCUGAGGAACAGGAACUUCUGGAUCCUCCGCCUGCCCCCCGGUGCCAAAGGGGAGGUCCCCAAGGUCCCCGUGGCGUUCAGUGACGCUUCGUUUAGCUUCUCGGAGGAGGAGUGGAAGAACUUGAACGAGUGGCAGAAAGAGCUCUACAGGCACAUCAUGAAAGGCAACUACGAGGCCGUGAUCUCCAUGGACACCGCCAUUUCCAAACCCGACCUCCUGUCGCGGAUCGAGCAGGGAGAGGAUCCCAACACCGAGGACCAGGAUGACUCUGAGGGAGGAGAAACCCCCACGGACCCCAGCACCGAAUUUUCCUUCCCUGGUCCCGACGACAGCUCGUGGGGUAAAUACGAGGAGACUCUGGCUGAAAGUCACGAUGGCUCCGAGGGAGAGGAGAGCAUGGAGGCCCCCAGUACAUAUGCCCAGCAGUGCGAGGAGGAAGGUCCUGACAGCCUCGAGCUCCCCAGCUCGUUGGCGGGGAAGUGGGAGGACGUUUUCUCCAACCCGGAGGAAGAGGUGACGAAGCCGAGCGGCAAGAGCCGGGGCGGCUCGACCCCGCAGCAGAGAGCCGCCACGGGCAACGGGCUGAGGCGCUCGGCUCGCCGCGGGAGAGACUUGGCCAAAAAGGAUGCUCCCGAGGAAGCGGCCGCCGUGGAGGGGCCCUACAUCUGCUGCGAGUGCGGGCAGAGCUUCCUGGACAAGCAGCUCUUCGCUGCCCAUCAGCGAGCGCACGCGGGGGAGGAAGCCUGCACGUCCCUGGAGCCCGGGGAGAGCUUCAGGCCGAAAUCCAAAAGCUCUCCGAAAGGCCAGGGCCCGGCCCGCUCCAAGGCGUCCAAGCGCGCCGAUUCGGAGAAGGGCUCGGCUUUCAAGUACGGCUUCGUCAGGCACCAGGCCAACAACAUGGUGGAGAGGCCGUACACCUGCUCGCAGUGCAAGGAGAGCUUCAGCCUGGAGGUCAGCCUCAUCUUGCACCAGAAGCUCCACACGGGGAAAGGCGACGGGCCGCUCACCUGCACCUACUGCGGGAAGGACUUCCGAGACCUCUCCAAAGCCAUCCGGCACCAGCGCAUCCACACGGGGGAGCGGCCCUACCAGUGCACCGAGUGCGGGAAGAGCUUCAUCCGACGGGACCACCUCCUCAAGCACUGGCGGGUGCACACCGGGGAGACCCCCUACCAGUGCCCCGUCUGCGGGAAGCACUUUCGCUACAAGGAGUCCCUGAAUUGCCACCAGAAAAUCCACUCCCGCAACCCCCGGCCCAUGGAGGAGGCGCAGCACAACCUGGAGUCGGCCACGCAGACGGGCCACUUCUGCCUGAAAAAAGAGACGAAGCAGUAUUUUUCAGGCGUCUCUGUAAAUAUCGGUCGAAUUCUCUCGCAGCUCGGUGGUGUUGUUCCCCAGGUGACUUGUAAGCAGUGUCUCUUCCGCUGUUGUAUUCGUCGGCUGCUGGCGCCGGAGCUGGUGCUGCAGCCACGCUGCCCCUCGCCCUUCCAGGCGCCCGCCGGCCCCGAGCGCACCUCGGAGAGGGAGACGCAGACGGCGGAGCUGUCCCUGACGCUGGUGGCGGCCGUGCAGGCGGUGGAGAGGAAGGUGGACUCGCACGCCACCCGCCUGCUGGACCUGGAGGGCAGGACGGGGGUGGCCGAGAAGAAGCUGAUCGAUUGCGAGAAGACGGCGGCCGAGCUGGGCAACCAGCUGGAGAGCAAGUGCGCGGCGCUGGGCACCCUCAUCCAGGAGUACGGGCUGCUGCAGCGGCGCCUGGAGAACAUGGAGAACCUGCUGAAGAACAGGAACUUCUGGAUCCUGCGCCUGCCCCCCGGCAGGAAGGGGGAAAUCCCCAAGGUGCCGGUGACCUUCGACGACGUGUCCGUCUAUUUCAAUGACAAGGAGUGGGAGAAGCUGGAGGAGUGGCAGAAGGAGCUGUACAAGAACGUGAUGAAGGGGAACUACGAGUCCCUGAUCUCCCUGGACUAUGCAAUUUCCAAACCCGGCGUUUUGUCCCAGAUCGAGCAAGGGGAGGAAACGCGGGUCAGGAACGAGCAGGACUUGGAGGAGAGCGAGAUCAUCACCGAUGCCACCGCAGCUGGCAUCAGGGUCGUGAUCAAAACGGAGGAGCUGCUUCCCGAGGACAGCCCCGAAAACCCCGAGCUGCACGGGAUGUCGGGACAGUCGGAGGGGAGCUUCCAGAGCCCGGAUGAGGAGGCCGCCUGCGAGAGCCCCUACGGCUCCGUCUCCCCUCCCAGAGACCUGCCGGGCACCAGCCUGGGCGACCCCUCCGAGUACGUGGCUGACUUCAACGAGAUCCAGAGGGUGAUCGUGCACCACGGCAGCUGCACAGAGGACGGGAUCGUGAUCAAGACGGAGGAGGAGGAGGAAGAAGACGACCCGGACACGCUGGAGCCCUGCACCAUGUUCUCGGGGAGGACCGAGCCGCCCUCCUUCCCCAACCACGAGGCCGGGCUGGGCUGCGAGGCUCAGUGCAGCUCCAAGGCGCCGGCACGGAGCCUGGCGGCCGGCCGCGUGGGGAAGCCCCCCUCCUGCGAGAGGGACUCGGGGGAGAUGAAGCCGACCAUGGCCCAGCAGCGCAACCGGACGAGGGAGAGGCCCUACAUCUGCCCCGAGUGCGGCAAGAGCUUCAUGCUGAAGAUCAACUUCGUGAUCCACCAGCGCAACCACCUGAAGGAGGGGCCCUACGAGUGCCACGACUGCGACCUCAGCUUCCGCAACAAGCAGCAGUUCCUGCUGCACCAGCGCAGCCACACGCGCCGCGGCGGCGUGGGGGUGCCCCGGCGCCCCGAGCACGGCCUCAAGCCCCAGCCUCGUCCCCCGCCCCCGGGGAAACCCUACAAGUGCUCCGAGUGCGAGAGCAGCUUCAGCCACAAGUCGAGCCUCAGCAAGCACCAGAUCACCCACGUCGGCGAGCGGCCCUUCACCUGCGGCGAGUGCCGGCGGAGCUUUCGCCUGCAGAUCAGCCUCAUCAUGCACCAGAGGAUCCACGCCGGCAAGAGCGAGAUGGCUUUCCUCUGCCCCCAGUGCGGCAAGAACUUCACCCGGCCCUCCCACCUCCUGCGGCACCAGCGGACUCACACCGGCGAGCGGCCCUACCAGUGCAGCCAGUGCGAGAAGACCUUCAGCGAGAAGUCCAAGCUCACCAACCACUACCGCAUCCACACGCGGGAGCGCCCGCACGCCUGCGCCGUCUGCGGGAAGGGCUUCAUCCGCAAGCAUCACCUCCUGGAGCACCAGCGCAUCCACACGGGCGAGCGGCCCUACCACUGCACCGAGUGCGGCAAGAACUUCACGCAGAAGCACCACCUCCUGGAGCACCAGCGGGCGCACACCGGCGAGCGGCCCUACCCCUGCACCGAGUGCACCAAGUGCUUCCGCUACAAGCAGUCCCUCAAGUACCACCUGAGGACGCACAUGGGAGAGUGAGGGGCUGCCACGGCUUCCUCUCCCUUCCCUCCCUUCCCUCCAGCCCUCCUCCUCCUCAUCCUCCUCCUUCGCUCAUCUCUUCCCCCCCUCCCCAUCCCUCCAUCCCCUCCCACUCCCCCGGCUCAGGGCAUGGACAUCAAGGAAGCUUUUGUGUGGUAGCGCCGCUGCUCUGGUGGAGACAGCUAGGCCGAUUGGAAAUAAAUUAAUUAAUUAAAGCAAGCAAAACGCGCGGCAAAAUUAAGAGAUUAUAUAUAUAUAUAAAAUUAACAGCAGCAGCUGAUUUAGGGAGGAUCCUCACCGUCGACGACGACAGCCAACGAGAAAGGAAAACCUGUACAGGGUGUUUUGCCGGAGUAGGACUCGUAACUGCUUUUUAAAUCUACUGUUUGGUUUUUUUAAUAAAUGUGGAGGAACUUUUUA